UAUUGAAAAAGUGGCAUCACUGACUGAUACGUACACAAUAAUCAGCUGUUUAUAACACUGUAUAAAAGUUUCGCUUUUCGCAAAUAUUUAUGAGAAAAAUGUGCUGCCGAAAUUGAAUAAAAAUAAAUAUCCUAUGCAUUUAAUUUAAAUAUAAAGUGUGGCACGUUUUCUAUAUCUGCGGCUGUUCACAUCGCAAUAUUGAUUGUAUUUGCUUCCAGAAAGCGAAGCGCGCCGCCAGUUUACUCUCAUAGAUUUGAAAAAUUCAAAAUGGACCGCAAUGUCAGAGAUCGCACUCGCCAUCCGCCAGGAAUGCGCGGACGCGACAUCGGAAUGUUCUAUCGUAACCUCUCGAAAAAGAAACAAUCGAACACAGACACGCCCACGAUUAGAUUGGGUCCCUGUGUGAGUGUUCCACAAACCGUGUUGGCGAAGGUUGAAGAGAGCUUGCGUCGUUUCGAACAGAGCUGUGAAGAUGAGAAGGUGUUGAAAGAUUUUGAGACGCAAUUUCGCCAUUUGCUAUGCGCCGACUUCGAGGACUUCAUUCUGAGUACGAAGUCAGUUAGUGUGGAGCUGCAGGACAAUGAAUUCCAGAAUCAACGCUACAAAUCCGAAGUGUUGGCGAAGGAACGCGAUCCAGAGUUUCAGCAGCGUUAUGAACAACGCCUUAAAUUGCCGACUAUGAAGCAGAGUGAACGCAUAUUAGCGGCGAUCAAAGAAAACCAAGUGCUACUAAUUGUGGGUAGUACGGGUUGUGGCAAGACCACACAGGUGCCACAACUCAUUCUGGACGAUUACAUCUUUAACAACCGUGGUUCGCAGUGUCAUGUGGUGUGCACACAACCGCGUCGUAUUUCCGCCGUAACGGUUGCCGAACGUGUGGCCUACGAGCGGCUUGAAAAACUGCGUGUCUCGGUCGGCUAUCAAAUACGUUUGGAGAGUGAAUUGCCACGUGACAGUGGUUCCAUUUUGUACUGCACCACAGGUGUGCUACUGCAAAAGCUGCAGACCGAUCCACUGAUGAAUGCCGUUAAUGUUGUUAUCAUAGACGAGAUACAUGAGCGGGGUGUCGAGACAGAUCUAUUGUUGGCCCUGUUCAAAAUCAUAUUGCCUCAUCGUCCGAAUCUGAAGGUGAUACUAAUGAGUGCCACAGUUUCGGAGCAGGAAUUCAGCGCCUAUUUCAAUAAUUGCUGUACGAUCUACAUUGAGGGCACAAUGUUUCCGGUGAAGGUGAAUUAUUUGGAAGACAUUAUACAAGAGACUGGCUUCACGCGUUUUCGCAAUAAUCCACACGAGUGUGCUAGAAAUAAGCCGCGCCAUCAUGGCAAACAGUUCAUCCGUCAGAACGCCAACGAUUAUGCGUAUAUGACAAUGAUGGAACCGUAUUUGCGUCAGAUCAAGGACAAAUACGAUUCCCAAGUGCUACAGUCCUUACGUUGCACUGACUCGGAGGGUUGCGAAAAUCUACAAUUCCUGGAGCAUUUAAUUUUCUACAUUUGUGAUACCAAGCCACCUGGCGCUAUUUUGGUCUUCCUGCCGGGCUAUGAUAAAAUAUCUAAACUUAAUUCUAUUCUGCUGAACCCCACCUUGCCGAUCGGUCAACGUUACUCCCGCAAGAUACAAGUGUAUCCCUUACACUCCAUGAUGCCGACAAUGUUUCAGAAGAACAUUUUUCAGCCCUCUCCUCCGGGCAUACGAAAAAUAAUACUCUCCACCACAGUGGCGGAGACUUCGGUCACCAUUGACGAUGUGGUCUACGUGAUCAACUGUGGACGCAUGAAGACGAAUAAUUACAAUGUGGAGGCCAAUUUGCAGACACUCGAAGAGACGUGGGUCACAAAGGCCAAUUCGCAGCAACGCAAGGGUCGUGCUGGGCGUGUGCAACCCGGCAUUUGUUAUAAUCUCUUUAGUCGCGCACGUGAAAAAACAAUGAUCGACCAAAUCGUACCCGAAAUAAAGCGCUGCAAACUGGAAUCCACCAUAUUGAAUUUGAAAAUGUUGCACAUAAAAGAUGUGAAUCUCUUCUUGAAUACCCUCAUGUCGGCGCCAGAUAAUCAGGCCAUUGUGAAUGGUAUAAAUUUGUUGAAACGCAUCAAUGCUUUGGAUACGGAAGGCACUUUAACACCACUGGGCAUGCAUUUAGCACGUUUACCGGUCGAUCCACAAAUCGGUAAGAUGCUUGUUAUGUCCGCGCUAUUUCGUUGUAUGGACCCCAUUACCACGGUGGCUGCGGGGCUCUCAUUCAAAUCACCAUUUUACACGCCACUUGGAAAAGAGAAGGACGUUGAUCGCGUCAAGCGUGAUCUCUCCGCCAACAAGAGAAGUGAUCAUCUGCUAAUCGACAAUGUGAUGCUCAAUUAUCGCGAGACGCUACAAGAUGGCUCAGAGCGCGACUUUUGCUACAAAAACUUCUUAAAUAUCGGCACACUGCAACAGCUGGAGGAAAUGAAACGCCAAUUCGCCAGUUUACUGCGUGCAGCAAGCUUCACCGAAUCCGGUUCUUGCAACGCCAAAUCUUCCAAUGAGAAUUCCAAUAAUAUUCCCUUGUUGCGCGCCAUCAUCGCUGCGGGACUCUAUCCAAACAUGGCGUACUUAAGUAAGGUGCGUCGCACCAAGAAUCAUGUCAACGCCAUACAACAUCUCUCCACGCCCGAGGAGCGUCGUAUCAGCUUCCAUCCAUCCUCUGUGAACAGUAAUGAAGCUUCCUUUGAUUCGCACUAUUUUGUAUACUUUCAAAAACAGAAGUCGUCGAGCGUUUUCCUUUUGGAUGCCACCAUGGUCUUCCCCAUGGCCUUGAUCAUCUUCGGCGACGGCGUCGAGACUGGCUAUACCGAGCAUAAAGUGUUUUACAUAUCUGUGGCACGCACCUACUACUUCAAAUGCGAUCCCGGCACGGCGAAAGUGAUGCUGGACCUGCGUAAGCGUUUGGAGUGGCUGAUGCAGAAGCGUGCUCUGAAUCCCUCGCCAAUUCAGCCGAAUAGCAGCGAAGAUUACAUCAUCAAAGCAAUUCAAAUUCUUUUAUCACUCGACGAUGUCUACGACUACAGCGAUCAGUAUCUGUCCUCCGAUGAUGAGCAAAAAUAAUUCUCAAUUUAAUUUAAACCAUUUUGUAGAGAUAUAUGUACGAAUAUUAAUUGUCAUUAAUGAAACAAAUGCUAAAGUGAUUUUAAGUAUAUACAAAUUAGACGACAUUGAACAUAGAAAUGUUAGAGAGGUGUAAGACAUUUGUACCGCCUAUGAGAAAUGAAUAAAAAAUAGUUUGAGUAGCAAAGAAACA